AUACAAAGUACUACCUAACCUAGUACCCUGGGUACUGUAGAUAUUUAUUCUUAUCGAAUCAUUUCAAUGGUCCAACAUUGAACUUCUUACAUACAAUUGAAAAAAGGACAACUCGUCCCUAAUAAACAGAUAAAAGUGUCCGUCCCAUAAUCUAACCUAGGUACAUACCACAUACCUUCCUGGGUUCGUUCGACCGAUCAAAUCGUUCCCGUGCUCAGUACCGUCCAGUAGCCCGAACAAAGCCUUGUUGCCCAACUCAAUCGAUAUCCAGGUUCCAGGUGGGAGGUUUGAAUGUUUGCAUGUUUGGGGAUAGGAAUCCACGGAAGGACGGAUAUCGAUCACGAAUGAUUCUCUCGCACCACAUCACACAACGACAUGAGGGUCGCUAGUCACCGCAUAGUACAUCGUCGCCAAUCAUGUUCUCCUCGCUGAAGAGCUUCUCCUCCCACAUCAACUCCAACUAUACCGUAUCGCAAACCAUAACCUCCACAGCCGGUCCUUGGAAGAUUUACGAUGCCAAGAAAAAGUCUACCGGGAAGGCCUACUCGGUCUUCGUCUUUGAGAGGAAGUCAAUAGAGUCGCAUGGGGGCUCACUCGGUCGGUCCGGCGCAUCAGCUUUCAAGCGCUCAGUAGACGAGGUCGUCGAGCGCCUAAAAAAGGAAGCUUCGUCUCUCGCAAGACUGCGACAUCCGAGCAUAUUGGAACUAGUCGAGCCAGUCGAAGAAACUAGAGGGGGUCUUCAGUUUGUCACCGAAUCCGUAACGGCGUCGCUAGCGAGUCUCUUACAGGAGAGGGAUGAUCAGGACAGAGCUGGCGGUGUCGGGGGCCGGUCCAGUCGCUUUGUCACUGAAGACUCCGAUGGGGUUAAACGGAGGCGCGAGCUAGAGAUCGACGAGCUCGAGAUACAGAAGGGCUUGCUUCAGAUUAGCAAAGCCUUAGAGUUCCUUCAUGAAAAUGCCGGCCUUGUUCAUGCAAAUCUGACUCCGGAUGCUAUCUUGAUUAACUCCAAGUCUGAUUGGAAAGUCAGCGGGCUCGCCUUCUGUAGUCCGCCAGCAGGUUCAUCCAGGGUAACUUCGGUUCAACCCAUCAGUCUUUCAGAGGUUCUCAACUUGGAUCCUCGACUACCUCGAUAUGUACAAAUCAACCUGGAUUUUACGUCCCCAGACUUCGUCCUGGACAACAACCUGGCUUACUCUGCCGAUAUGUUCUCAUUGGGCCUAUUAUGUGUUGCCUUGUAUAACUCGCCUCACAAGUCUCCUAUAGACUGCGGUGGCAGUAUUUCGGCCUAUAAGAGGAUAUUUACUUCGUCUUCGACUGUACCGUCCUCUGGAAAUGGAUUUCUAUCCAAGAGAUCUUUACCGAGGGACCUCUCUGCUCACGUCUUACCCGGGUUGAUCACACGACGUCCUGCCCAACGUAUCUCAGCACGGGAAUUUCAGGAGAGUGAAUACUUUGACAACAUUCUGGUAUCAACGAUUCGAUUUCUUGACGCUUUCCCAGCCAAGACACCCAAUGAAAAGGCUCAGUUCAUGCGAGGGUUGAACAAGGUCUUGCCGUCUUUUCCCAAGUCAGUCAUGGAGAAGAAGGUACUGCCGGCGCUAUUAGAAGAGCUCAAGGAUAAAGACCUCUUGUCCCUUAUUCUUCAGAACGUCUUCAAGAUUAUGGAUCUAUUGCCAGCUUCUAGGCGAGCCUUUUCGGAGCAGAUACGACCAAAACUGAAGGAGAUAUUUGUCAUUAAUGCCAAGCAGGCGCAAGAGAAGGAUCCGGCCAGAGAUGCUGGUCUGAUGGUCUUUUUGGAGAAUACCAACCAGAUCGCUGAGAACUCUUCUGGUAAGGAGUUCAAAGAAGAUGUAUUACCAAUUCUUCUAACAGCGAUCGAGUCGCCAACACCCACUCUGGUCGAUGUUGCUUUACGCAGUUUACCAGUUGUCUUGCCAAUUUUAGAUUUCAGCACCAUCAAAAAUGAGCUGUUCCCUGUCAUCGCCGCUGUCUUCAGCAAAACUAACAGCUUAGCCAUCAAGGUUCGCGGUUGUCGAGCCUUCGUCAUCCUUUGCGGUGGUUCGAAUGAAUCAUCGUCUGCUAAUGACGGGCUUGACGGGUUGGGGCCUGAUAAGAAAAAGAAGACGUCGUCAUCAAGCGCCUUGGACAAAUAUACAAUGCAAGAAAAAAUCAUUCCACUCAUCAAAGCCAUCAAAACCAAGGAGCCUGCGGUCAUGAUGGCUGCUUUGGAUGUCCUACGAGUCGUAGGCGAGAAUGCCGAUGCCGACUUUGUGGCCAUGGAUAUCCUACCGAUUCUAUGGAAUAUGAGUCUAGGGCCUUUACUAGACCUCAAGCAGUUCCAAUCCUUCAUGGAAUUGAUCAAGUCACUUUCUAGAAAGGUUGAGGAGGAACAGUUGAAGAAGUUGCAGGAGCUUUCGGUUGUGAAUGGAGGAAUCAGAGCGGCCUCGCCUAGUGAUGACUUUAUAGGAUUCGGAGGUGUUGCCGGGACUACGUUUGACGCGACAAAUGGAGCAACUGAAGAUGAUUUUGAGCGACUGGUAAAAGGAAAAACUACCAAAAGCUCCACGGAUGCAAGUUGGGAUGCAACACCAGCAACAGCGCCAGCAGCUUCUCCACCGUCGGUUAGGUCGCCACAGUUUUCUUGGUCAACACCAAGCCCUACUGCAACCGCUCCUCCUCCUCCUGGCCCUGGCCCUGUUCAAUUUGGAGCCACUAGAUCUCAAGCAUCGUUCCGUACAGUCACGCCGGAUCUCGCCCAUUUUGGAGCUUUGACUCCUUCGUCUACUCAGUACUCACAGCCUCUACAACCUACUAUCAGUAGCUCAGUAAACAAUGGACCACAGAGCUCUUCCGCCGCCAGUUGGAAUACCCCAGCUCCCGUAGCAGCUAAUCCUUGGGCUUCGACCUCAUCAGCCACGCAACAGCCAACGCCCACCUCUUCUUCCUUUGGCAACAUGUCCACAGGGAUGGCAAAUCUAAACCUUAAUCAAUCGAGACCCGCCAUAAGCCAAUCCUCUUCUUUCUCCUUACCCCCUCCACCAACCAGUGCAAGCAGCGCGCCGAGCUUCAGCUUACCCCCACCGCCUGGAGGGAUUCAGAGGCAGCAGAGUUCGACAACACCAACUUUAUCGUCGUUUGGCCAGCCGUCGUCUGGCGGGCUCGGCAGUAGUAUGGCUCACCAGCAGGCUGGGGGCAUGAGUAGCAUGAUGAACACGGGGAUGGGGAUGGGGAUGGCGCGCAUGAAUAGUGGUAUGAGCGGUACGAAUAACAACAGCAUGAACAACAUGAUGGGCGGUAUGAGUCAGCCGCCAACAUUGCAGCCGCAGCCGCAGCCGCAGAAGUCGGGGUUGGAUAAGUAUGAGAGUUUAAUAUAGAUGGGCUACGCUACUUGUUUACCUACUUUAGGUACUACAUAGGUAGUAAGGAUGAAAAAUGGAGGGGGGGGAGGGGAUGAUUAUGAAUGAGGAAGUUAGAAACGUAGGAUGAUAGGUGUUGGUGUGGAGGUAAUGAGAACUACGUCGCUUGUUG